AAUUACCAGCGUUCGAGCGGCUGGUGCACUUCGUACAGAUGAGUCGCGCGUGUCCGACAUGAAAUCACGCCAGCUCGUUUGUUUGCUUGUCCUAUCAAUUUUAAAGGUGUCCGCAGGGCAAAAUUUCCAGUGUCGUCCAAAUCAGUGGCAAUGUGAUGAUGGAAACUGCAUCGCUGAUCAAUGGAGAUGUGAUGGUGAAGGAGACUGUCUGGAUGGCUCUGAUGAAAUUGACUGCACUACACCCACAAAAUCUCAUUGUCCACCGGGUCACUUUCCAUGUGUGGACUCUGCUGACUGUGUUGACGCAUCUGCACGCUGUGAUGGACGCAAGCAAUGUCCAUCCGGCUCCGAUGAAGAGAACUGCGGAGUUGCUAAUGGCUGUUUGGACACAGACUGGAUGUGUGGUAACAAAGUUUGUGUACCAAGAGACCUACGCUGCGACGGAAACAAUGACUGCAUGGACAACACUGAUGAGGAGGGCUGUGUUUUGUGCAGUGAAGGUGGCCUACAGUGCGCAGAUGUUUGUCUGUCUCCUAGCCAGAUGUGUGAUGGCAAAUUUCACUGCUCAGACGGCAGUGACGAGCCCGUUACCUGUGGGCAGACCUGUUCUGUGAACAACGGCGGUUGCAGUCACACAUGCGCCGAUGAACCCUGGGGAUCUUUGUGCACAUGUCCUUCUGGAUAUAAACUCUCCAUCAAUGGAGCAGUCUGCAAAGAUGUGGAUGAAUGCGAUGUUCCAUUUGCGCCGUGCCUGCAUCACUGCACCAAUACAGAUGGAUCUUACUUUUGCCACUGCAGAGAAGGCUUCAAUCAGGAUGAAGGCUUUUCCUGUCUGGCCACAGGGAAUGUUACCCGACUGCUGACAGUGCUUAGGACUUCUGUUGGGUUGCUUAAUGUCAAUUCACAACUGUUUGAUGUGGUGCAGACUCUAAAGUUCAACCCGGUGGCCCUGACAUAUGACAUUGCACGAGGCUACUACUACUGGGCCGAUAAUGAGGGAUUCAUAUAUAAAAGUGAUGGGCAGCGCAGUUUGAUUAUUUACGCUGGGCAACCUGGAAUUCAAAGUCUAGCUUGCGACUGGCUGAAUGGAAAUCUCUUCUGGUCCAAUCAGAGGACAAAAUCAAUCUACAUGCAAGCAGAUGAUGAUGAAAGUUACAUUACCCUGUUGAGCAAAUCAAUCAGCCCAUCAGAAUUGGUUAUUGUACCAGUGGAAAGCUUGAUGUUUUGGAUUAAUACAGGCCCUGAUGAUAGGGUGACCAUAGAGAGAUCAUGGAUGGAUGGCUCAGACAGGAGCUCUCUCACUGUACUCACAGCUCAAUUGGCCCAUGGACUCACAACCGAUGUAGCCGCCAGGAGAGUCUACUGGAUCAGUGACUUCAAAAUGUCCAUUGAGACAAUGAAAUUGGAUGGAACCGGCCGCUAUGCGUUCACUGGACUGUUCAACAAGAGGCCAGCUCUGAACCUGGCUGUGUUUGGAAGUUCCUUCUAUUGGGUGGAUGACAAUGGACUCUGGCAAGUGCCACAGACCCAACCAAGCAAGAAGAAGUUUCUGUGGAAAUCCACAGUUCCGGUCAUGACGAUUUUUCAUGAACUACAGCAGCCUCGAGGCACAUCUGCAUGCAUCAAAACACCUUGCCAGAUUUGUCUACUCACUAAGGGCAACCCUGUGGGGUUUACCUGCACUUGUCCUGACUCCAAAGUAUUGAUGGUUGACGGAUCAUGUCAGUAUCCUAAAUUUCUGUAUGCGACCUCCAACACUAUCAACCUAUUGGAGUUUCAAGGCAGCAUGCCCACAGAAACUGAGAUUUUCGCUACAGACAAGGGCAUUCUGUCAUUCGAUGUGAGCUGGAACACCGAUUGGCUGUACUGGGCCAACCAAACUGGCCACGUCCAGCGCACCAGCCUAACGCAAGUUAAGACGGAGUGGAUUCCAACACCCAUGUCAGUUUGUCUCAUCAAAGUCGACCAGAAGAGUGGGAGCGUUUAUUGGGUGUCAUGUGACCAAAGCUGGAUUGGCUUCGUAGAAGUGGACCGUCGUUACCAGCGGCAGUUGUACCACACAACAAAAGAAAUCCGUUGUCUUCACCUGGACUGGCUGAGGGGUGGACUCAUCUGGUUGGAGGAAGAGCACAUCUUUACCAUGAGCCUGACUGGAAGCAAAGCCAGAGAACUGCUACAUUUGACAGGAAUCCAAGGAAACAUUGCCUUUGAUCUGAGAGCUGCAAGUCUGCUUUGGAACUCCAAAACGGCAGGCUUAACAAUGAUGAGUUUGCUCCAGGAAAAAAAACACCAAUUGGAAAGUUGGAAUAUUUCAGGCUCAGUGGUAGGUGCCCUGGAGCCUUACCUGUUGUCUCUGUCGGGGAACGUCAUGACCUUGUGGGACCGACGUGAUGGACGUAAUAUCCAGGACUUAAGUGUGAGAGGUCCUGUGGUCAGUGUAAUGGCAGCACUCGGCGACAUACACGAAGUGCCAGUUACUGCUGUUUGCUCUGGAUCAUCUAUGCUAUGCAAGGGCACAUCAAUCUGCCUCCCUCAAAGCCAGCUGUGUGAUGGCAAAAAUGACUGUCCUGAUGGAGAUGAUGAAAGUUUGUGUGUUAAAAACUGUCCAUCCAAAGAUGAUUUUAAGUGCAAGGACCAAAGGAGCUGUGUGUCCAGAGUGCAAGUGUGCGACGGCCGUGCUCAUUGCAUCGAUGGCUCAGACGAGGUCGAGUGCCCCGCUGUUACCUCACUUGGAACUCUGGUGAAUGCCCUCAAGUGUCGCAUGGGUUCUAAGCCAUGUAAGAAUGGCAUGGAGUGUGUGUUGUACAGCCAUGUGUGUGAUGGGGAGGCGGACUGUAAGGAUGGCUCAGAUGAAGAGAAUUGCAAACAGGAUGCGACCCCACCAAAACCAACCACUGAUGCACCUGAGAAAAGUGCCCCUAAAAUUGUGAAUGCCGCCCCAACUCUGCCUGCCUGCAUCAGCCCAUCCGUCCUUUGUCCACAUGCUUCUAUUCACGUCUGUAUCUCCCCGAAGCAGUUUUGCGAUGGUCAAGAUGACUGUCCUGACGGCUUUGAUGAAUAUAACUGCGUGAAAAGAUGUCGCUCUAAAACGGACUUUCUCUGCAAAGACAGGCGGAGCUGUGUUUCCAAGAAGUUCCUUUGUGAUGGUCGAGCUCACUGUCACGACGGCUCAGAUGAGGUUUCCUGCCCGACUAUUGCGCCACCUGCCACCCAAACAAAGACUCUAAGAUGCCGUAUGGGAUUCUGGCAAUGUCUGGAUCGGUCCCAAUGUAUUCCCCAUAGCCAUGUGUGUGAUGGAGAAAAAGACUGCCGGGAUGGGUCAGAUGAGGAAAAAUGCGAAACUCAAUCUACCUCCAGUCCAGCUUUAAAUGAGUUGCCUUCAGCCACAAAGUCUCCCCCAAAGGCAACUUGUAUGAGUCCAUCAGUGUUUUGUCCAAAUUCUCUUGUUUGCAUUCAGCCAACACAAAUGUGUGACGGAAAAAAAGAUUGUCCUGAUGGAUCAGAUGAGAACUGUGUGAAAAGAUGCCUUUAUAUCGAUGAUUUUCGCUGCAAGGACAAAAGAAGCUGCAUCUCACAAAGCCUUGUUUGUGACGGGCGGGCUCAAUGUCACGAUGGUUCUGAUGAAGUUGACUGUCCGAGUGUUGCAAUCCCGGGAGGCCGAGCAAAGGCCUUGAGGUGUCUCAUUGGCUCCCAACUGUGCCGGGAUGGCAGCAAAUGUGUGCUCGUCAGUCACAUUUGUGAUGGAGAGACAGACUGCACAGAUGGCUCAGAUGAAGAAGGAUGUGACGUUUCAAUGACUGAGACUCCUCCACCUGAAAACUUGAAUCGAAAUCCUUUGCCUCUAAAUACACAACCUCCAAGCAAGCCAUCUUGUCCUAGUCCUUCAUUUCUAUGUUCAGAUUCAUGUGUCCCUUCAGCAAAGAUAUGUGAUGGAGUAAAAGAUUGUCCUGAUGGUUCUGAUGAAGAUGUAUGCAUAAAACGAUGCCCAAAUAAGACGGACUUCCGCUGCAAAGAUAGGCGGAGCUGUGUCAACAAAAAGUUGGUAUGCGAUGGCCGAGCUCAUUGCCAUGACAGUUCCGAUGAGGUUUCCUGUCCAACUAUAACGCCACCCGCCAGUCGUGCAAAGCCUCAAAGAUGCCGUAUGGGUUUCCAGUUAUGUCUGGAUCGGUCCCAAUGCGUUCCCUACAGCCAUGUGUGUGAUGGUGAAGAAGACUGCCGUGAUGGGUCAGAUGAAGAGGAAUGUGAAAUCCCAUCUUCUGCCACUCCGCGCUUAAAUGAAUUGCCUGCAUCUGCAAAGCCCUUUAAUAAGCCUUCCUGUAAGAGUCCAUCAGUGUUGUGUCCAAAUUCGUUUGUCUGCAUUAGUUCGACACAAAUGUGUGAUGGAGUGGAAGACUGUCCUGAUGGUUCGGAUGAAAAUUGUGUGAAAAGAUGCCCUAGUAAGACUGACUUUCGGUGCAAGGACCGUAGGAGCUGCGUCUCAAAGUCAGUGGUCUGUGAUGGCCGGGCACAUUGCCAUGAUGGCUCAGAUGAGGUGAACUGUCAGAGUGUAGUAAUGAGCUUGACUACAACAAAUGUACUGAAAUGCCGUAUGGGCACAAAGCUCUGUAAAGACCGCACAGAAUGUGUCUUACACAGCCAUGUGUGUGAUGGAGAGAAAGAUUGUUUGGAUGGAUCUGAUGAAGAAGGAUGCCAGGAAACCUGUGUAAAAGGUGAAUUUCAAUGUGCUCAUAGGGUGAUGUGCAUCCCUGAGGCCCAGGUCUGUGAUGGAAGAGCUCAGUGCAGCGACCGUUCUGAUGAGAUGGGCUGCAAGGAAAAAAACAAAAUCUGCGAGUUUCACUGCUCAGACGGCCAUCGUUGCAUCCCGAAUAAAUUCGUGUGUGAUGGAGACAAGGACUGUGUCGAUGGCACAGAUGAAAUGGGUUGUGAUACUGUCACACCUCUGGUUCCAAGUCCUGCUUCAGUUUGUACUGCUCCUUCAGUUCUUUGCCCUGGUUCGUCAUUGUGCAUCUCACAAACUCAGCUAUGCAAUGGGAAAAAAGACUGCCCAGAUGCAUUUGAUGAGAGGGACUGUGUUUUCAAGUGUAAAAGUGCAAGAGACUUCUUGUGCAGUGACCGGAGAAAGUGCAUCCUCAAAAUGUAUGUGUGUGACGGUCGUGCCCACUGUCCAGAUGGCUCAGAUGAGAGGAAGUGCAAAUCACCUGACCGUGGUUCAUCCACCCCCAGGGAGAAGUUGGCUCCUCUAAAAUGCCGUAACGGCUUCAAGCCUUGCAAAGACGGUCUGGAGUGUGUUAUGUACAGUCAUGUGUGUGAUGGAGAGAAGGACUGUCAGGAUGGAUCAGAUGAGGAGGAAUGCACCGUUCAGUGCAAAACAGAUGAGUUUGAAUGUCAUCACGGUAAUAGAUGCAUCCCACCAGCGCAGGUGUGCGAUGGACAGUAUGACUGUCAAGACCGAUCUGAUGAAAUGGGCUGUGAAAGUCAGCACUUAGGCUGCCAUCACCAUUGUGAUAACUCAACACGCUGUAUACCGGAGACCUUCCUGUGUGAUGGAGAGAGAGAUUGCGCUGAUGGCUCGGAUGAAGACAAGUGCAGUUUGAAAUUCUGUGAAGUUGAGCAGUUCCGCUGCAAUAGCGGCCAGUGCGUGUCGGUGGCUCUUCGAUGUGAUGGAUACGCAGACUGUAGUGACCGCUCUGAUGAGUCCGGCUGCUCGAGACCACCUCGCUGCCCCUCGCAGCUACAGUGCCCCCACAGUCAUGAGUGCCUGCAGAGUGAAUGGCUGUGUGAUGGUGAGGAAGACUGCAAGGAUGGCUCUGAUGAAAAAAACUGUAUGACUAAGCCUCCACCAUGUAGACAAUACCAGUGGAAGUGUGGAAGCAGCAGUCAAUGCAUCCCACUGUCUUGGAGAUGUGAUGGAAAGCAGGACUGUCAAAAUGGUGUGGACGAAGACAAAUGCAAACAGAAAAGGUGCCCUUCACACCUUUACCAAUGUGGAAGCGGUGAGUGUGUAGACCCAGGACUGGUGUGCAACGGCGUUAUCAAUUGUGCUGACAGUUCAGAUGAAGGCGUGGGAUGCACACUGCGCAACUGCUCUACUCUAUCAGCUCCUCAAUGUAAUUAUCAUUGUGUCAGCACACCCAACGGACCGAGGUGUUACUGUGCAGCUGGUUUCACAUUACAUACAGAUUCCAUUUCCUGUGUGGACACCAACGAAUGCAAUUUAAUGCAGCAUGAUGCAUGCAAACACGCCUGCCUCAACACCCGUGGAUCUUUUGUGUGCCAAUGCCACCCUGGCUUCUAUCUGGAGCCUGACAACAAAAGCUGUAAGACGAAAGAUGAGCCACUUCUUGUGGCAUCUAUCCAGUCAGAGCUCUUAGUACUUGGAGUUCAGAGUGGGACUUUGCGUCUUCUGUCCUCUGCCAACCGGCCGGUCUUUUCAUUGGAUUACAACUGGGCUCAGCAGAGAGUCUACUGGCUCAGUCCAGACUACCAAAGCAUCCGUUGGGCUGACAUGGCAAAGGACUCCACCAACAAGGGGACGCUUGUCAAAGGAGUGAAGUCGGAUUGCAUUGCAAUGGACUGGGUAGGUAAGAACCUGUACUGGGUGGAUGGACUUGUAGGGCAGAUUCGGGCAGUCCGGCUCAGUGACAAAACACUGAAGUCUCAGGAGUACACAGUGGUCUUGGCUGAAGAUCUUGAGCAGCCACGCUCGCUCUUACUUCUACCACAAAAAGGAUUAAUGUUCUGGUCUGAGAUUGGUAGAACCCCUCAGAUCCAGCGGUCAGGGAUGGAUGGCUCAAAGAGGAAGGUGGUGGUGAGCAGUGGGCUGAGCUGGCCCGUUAGUUUGGCCUACGAUUUCCUGGACGACAGAGUUUACUGGGCUGACGAGAAGCUGCGCUGCAUUGGCAUGGCCUCCUUGGACGGAGAUAACGUCAAGAUUCUUCAAUUGGCUGAGACUCCAAGCCCUUUCUCAGUGGCAGUCUUCAACGAUCGCCUUUUCUGGUCCGACACAAAGCGAAGAACCAUCCGCUCGGCUGACAAGAACACUGGGAAAGAUCAAAAGGUUCUUCUUAAAAGACCAGGACAGCCUUUUGGCCUAAAGUUGAUGCAUGCCCUCAUUCAGCCCACUAUUAGCAACCCCUGUGAAAAGCUCAAAUGUUCCCAUCUGUGUCUUCUGACAACUGGAGUGGCUGGGAUGGAGCCAGCUGCAGUCUGCCGCUGUCCAAAAGGGCUGCUACUUUCUCAGGACAAGAUCAGCUGCGCUCUGCCUUUGGAAUCCACUUUCAUCCUAUUUUUGUCUCGGACCGUAGUCUAUCAGGUUUACUUAAAGUCCUUCCGUCAGGAAGGGGUCGGUCUGAAAAAUAUGCCAAACAGUCGAGUUUUGGCUCUUCCUGGAUUUUCUGAGGCCUCUCAGCUUGAUUUAGCCUUCCGAAACUUGUCCAUGUAUGUGGCUGAUGGUAAACAAGGUACUAUAGAUGUGCUGAACUUAAGCGGGCCCAGGUCCAGACAAGGACUGACACCAGCUGGGCGCAUUAUACAACUGAAGGAUGACUCUGUUGUGGCUCUGGCUGUUGACUGGGUGACCUUCAACAUCUAUUGGAGCAGCACCAAUCGGCCUAAUCUCCAUGUGACCUCCCGCCAAAAUGGCUUCACUGCCUCUCUGCUGCAAGAAUCAGUUAAGAGGAUUACAUCCAUUGCAGUGGAUUCCCCAUCAAGUCAGCUUUGCUACUCAGCUUUUGUGCGUGGAAGGAGUCAGACUGAAGUGAGCUGUACCUGGAUGGAUGGCGACAUCAAAAUAGUACUUUGGACAAAGUCAACCAUCCCCACAUCACUGGUCUUCACAAAUAAAGGAACUACAGUCUUCUGGGCGGACACAGGUGAAGGUCACAUCUGCUCUAUUGGACUUGAUGGCACAGGCUACAAAGAGUACAACACAGGACCUGAUUUACUUAUUUCCUUCACAUACACAGAGAAUAUGUUCCUUUGGAUAACACGGGAAAAGGAUGUCACCAAAACAUGGUUCAGUGACGGCCUCCAUCCUAAACAGCUGUGGUUUGAGACAAAAAUCAACCUGUUGGAAAUCAAAGCUUACAGCAGUGACAGCCAGAAAGGAUCUAAUCUGUGUGCUGACAAUAAUGGAGGAUGUGAGCAUCUCUGCCUGCCUUAUCCCAAAGGCCGCACGUGCAAAUGUGCUCGUGGGUUUUACAGCGAUAGUCCCACAUCCUGUGCGCCAGAGCACCCUUGUCCCAAAGGAGAGCAAGCUUGUCUUGAUCGUGUCCACUGUAUCAACAACGACAAGUUCUGUGAUGGACACGUAGACUGUCCGGACCACUCGGAUGAACUGGAUUGUCCACUUCAGAAUGACCGCUCGGGGACCAAAAUCAAUGACCAUCUCUCCAAGUCUCCACUUGCACCACCUCAGAUUUCAGCGGACACUUCCUCAUGUGGUCAACAUCAUUGCAGCGGCCAUGGCCACUGCGUCCAUCAAGGCAAAGCCAUUUACUGUCAUUGCAUGGCUGGUUACCAAGGAGAGUUCUGUCAAGAGGAGAAAAAUAGACGGAGCCAUAUAGGUGUUGUUUUGGGGUUUUUCCUGCUGCUUGCUGCAUUUGUGGGGGUCGCUUUUGUUUUUGGGAAAAGGAGAGCCUGGGUAGCAAUCAGAGGCAGAUCACCCGAAAAAGAAACAUUAAUGUCCAACAUGGUGCUGCAAUGUGAACACAUGGAUGCAGACUGUGAGGAGCUAGAGUCCUCUGUAGACUCGAAGAACCCCCCAGUCGCCUCUUGAGAACUCACCCACCUGUUGCCAGAUAUUGAUGGUUACUGCCAUUUGGGACCUGAAUUUUAUAGGUUAUGGCAGGACUGAAUAUGGCGAUCAUGUUCUUGGUGUCAAAAUGAAUACGUCCAAUAAACAUAUGAUAAGAAUGAAAUUAU